GUGGCUUAGACCUAGAGAAAGAAUCGUGACGGGUAGGGAACCAUUACACCACCACCCGGGCUGUGCUCUCUUCCUGCUGCCGCCAACCCCGCCCUUGCCUCCGGUGCACAUUAAAGAUCCCAAAUCAUGACUGACUCCAAGUACUUCACAACCAAUAAAAAAGGAGAAAUCUUUGAAUUAAAAGCCGAACUCAACAAUGAAAAGAAAGAAAAGAGGAAGGAGGCUGUGAAGAAAGUGAUUGCUGCUAUGACUGUGGGGAAGGAUGUUAGCUCUCUCUUUCCAGAUGUAGUGAACUGUAUGCAGACUGACAACCUGGAACUAAAGAAGCUCGUGUAUCUCUACUUGAUGAAUUAUGCCAAGAGUCAGCCAGACAUGGCCAUCAUGGCUGUCAACAGCUUUGUUAAG